GCGGAUCCUCAUACCGAAUGGCACUUCUACGUAACAUUCUCUCUCAAUGGCCAAUGGUUCAAUUUAUUGCUGGCGAGCUCACCCACGCCCCGUCUUGGCAGCUUGGCCGUUCGAUUCCAGCCCUUUUACGAGUUUCACUUCCCAUCACAUCUUCCCACACCCUUGAGCUCGCACUCGAUGGGGUUGAUGUCGCGAUGGAACGUUUCUCACACCUCCUGUCAGAGAGUUCAUGCGAAAUCCGUACUCCCCAUAGUGAACAUCUCCUUUCUUGUACCAUGGUCACCCUUUGUUCCAAUUACUCCUGCGCCUCCUUGGUUUUACGAGCGCUUGUUUGCUUUCCUUCUUACUUUCUUUGGGGGGAGGGGGGAGGGGAACCUGGGGGAAAGAGGUUGUGGGGAUUUCUUUUUCACCCUUUUCCUGUGUGCAUAGUUAAUUCUGCUGCCGUAUCAAUUAUCGUCCGUUGUCCCUAAUCAUCUCUGUACCUUCUCCCUCAUUCAUCCCGUCCUCCCUCCAUUCGAAUUUCGAACCUCUGCGUGCUCGAUGCCGGAGUCGGAUAACUCACGUCGGUUUUUACACGAAUAAUUUGUGCAGCUGGUUCUGAUUCUUUCCAUUCAACGCUGAGCGGCUAUAUACUUUUAUUUUUUUUCCCCCCAUUUAAAAUUUUUUUUUUUCAAAAAAAGGAGACGGCGGGUUAAUACAGUGCAGUCACGACGGCAAGAAGAAAGCCCAACCUAGAGAGAGAACGCCACCGGACUUCUCCUUCCUGAAAACGUGCAUUGUGGAAAGUGGGAUAGAAGGGGAGAACCGGCGUGAUAAUAAGCAUAGCAGACAAACAAACAGGAGGGAAAAACCGAAGAAAGGGAGGGGGAAAGAAAAGAGGGAACAGAAAGAAGCAGUGAAAUCAUGGCAGCAAAGGAUUUUUCCAACGCAGCCUUCUGGGUGUCGUCGAAUGUUACGUCGAGUGGGGUGCAGGGGAUACCAAAUUUCUUUUCGAAGUCUAUGUUCGGGAGGACGGCGGAAUUGAAAUCGGCGGCGCAGGUUGUUGUGGUAUCGGCGCUGGUAGCAGUGGUCCUGCGGAUAUUCUCACGGCGGAGGUUGAAGACCAGAGUUUGGUGGGAUGAUGUUUGUACCAUGGCUGCUGUCUUUUUUCUUGUCAUGAACCAGAUGGUGUUCUCAAUGAUUGAAUUUCUCGGUAUGUGAUAUUUUCUUUCGAGGUCAUGACUUGGGUAUUGCAUUGUGGCUUUCCUUUUAUUACUUUUUCUUUCUUACUUUCUUUUUUCCCUUCCCUUCCCUUCCUUUUUCCCCAAUUGAGUGACUGGUGAUAGCUGACCGUGCAUCUCAACUGCGGGAAUGCAGGAAAGACGAGCUUUUCAUUUUGGGGGAAGCAAAGCCAGGCCGAGGAGCAGAGGAGGCUUCAAAAGGUUGUGGUCGGGCUCAAGCUCACGUUGGCCUUUGAGGUCAUGUACUUGAUCAGUAUCUAUCUGGUCAAGUUCAGCAUGCUGUUCCUCUAUAGUCGUUUUGCGUGAGCGGCCUGAAUCGAUGAUAAGAAGGGGAGUUGGUUCAGUUAAUUCAGGUUUGCUAAUGAAUUGGUGCCUUGGAAUCUAGAAAACACACAAAACAUAUCACAGUCUAUCUUCGGAUCACCCAAGUGAUAUGUCUGAUAGCUUUUGCAGUAUGCAUCUUGUCACUUUUCCUGAGCUGCAUUCCAAUAAGCACAUUCUGGAGCCUAUCGAACUCAAAUGGUGGGGUUCCCCUCCCCUCCCUCUGCCUCCGCCCCCGCUCCCGAAAUAAAUAAGCGCAAUAAAAAGCAAAGUGAACUAACCCGGCAGCGUUACAAUCCUUCAAGUCCAAUGCACUCGGAGGACCCUUUUGACAUACGCUUCUGGGGUCUCGAACAUCAUCACAAAUACCCUGGUACUCGCAGUGCCCGUGCCUUUACUAUUUAGAGUGAAACUGCGUCUGAGGCAAAAAAUCGGUGUGUCCGUGCUCUAUUUUUUCGGAGGUACUAGAUCAUCAAUGUCCCACGUUAUCCAGAGACGAACCUUAUUAACAACGCCUCAACUCAGCCUUCGUGAUAGUAGCUUCAGCCCUUCGAUUCGCAACACAGCUUCUCAAUGUGUCCGUUCCACAAGCAAUCGGGUGGUCGCAGAUUGAGAUAUCACUAGCCAUAAUCCUCGCCUGCGCGCCCAUGUCCACCAAGCUGAUGUUCAUCCCGUUGAUCGAUCCAAAGGACAUUGAGAGGGUCAGCCAAAUGGGUGACACUCCGACCUCGACAGGGCCAAGGAGCCUGAUUCGUCCAGCAACACUUUCUGAGAAGCCAAAGCCGUACGAGCCCACGGGUCCUCAGCGAUUAACUGCCGUACGACCCCUUGUGCAACAACAGCAGCAGGAACAGCAGAAACAACAACUAGGACAACAACAGCCGCAGCAAAAGCUGUACGCUGGGGUGGCGGCGCUACCGCCUGUACCUAACAGAUCCACGUCGGACCCGGAGAGGAAAGCAGCGGGUGGAAUGCAAAAGCGUGCGCUGGAAGAGGGAACCCUGAACCUGGAGGCCAUGGGUACACUAGGCGAUCUCAGCAGGGGCAGUCGGGCUCCCCGGGAGAUCAGUAGUCCGGAUUACCAGAGACUAAAGGUUGUGCGAGCCGAGGUUAAUGGUCAAUCUGUAUGGGAGGCAAGGCGACCACCAUAAUCCACCCUUCCCAAAAACCAAAACUAACAUGCCAUCGUCAUAACCAACCAGGUCCGCCCGAAAUCCGACAUAUCUAUAAUAUCUGGCUCCUCAUCAGUAUACUCCGACGUAAGUUCUGCAUCGCCAGGCCCUCUAUCACCAAUCUCCCACGCAAGAUAAUGACUGCGCUGCUCGAUCCCAUGAUGUGGAUGGAUAAAUCUGUGCGAAUGAUGCCUGGCGGAGCUCUGCGGCUUUUCUUCUUUUCUUUCUUCUCUUUAUCACUUUCUUUCCCCAUUAUUAUCAUAAACCCUGGCAGAUCCACGUCAUUUCACAUCACUCCGUGGCCAGCUCCUCUAGAUGAGGAAGGAAACCCCAUAUCAUAGAUUUAGAGCGCUCGGCUACCAUAUCCUACCACACUUCUAUCCUACCCAAUACUUGAAGCUCUUUUUCCCAGUUCAAUCUACCAAUCAACCACUAGUGAAGAGAAUUUCCCAAGCAGAUAACCCAUGUCAAAACCCAUCACUGCGCAACUUGACGGCCGACGUCUCAACUACGCUCCUGAUUAUUAUUUCCAGGCCCAACCCCCGCCCGGUCAAUACCGUAUUGUAGUCAGUACUGCAACUGCUCCGUCCGGCCUACCUACCGCACUGCAGGCUCUCGAGCCAGACAUGGCAGAGAUGCCACUGCGCCAUCCCAUUCCAGCGGUGAUGCGGUGACAAGCGGUCAACGGUGGGUGCUAUAUAACGCCUGCGUGAUAGGACACGAUUCCCGAAACUACACCGUAAAGCACCAGUCGAUAUCGUUCUCACAGCUGUAGCGAAAGGAUCUCUCGCGACCGGCGAGCCCGCCCUGCCUGGUAGAACACCGAUGACCCAUAAAGGAGUGUUUUUAAGUCCGAAAGCACUGGCCUUCACUUCUCGCUUUGAGUGGGGAGAAUUUAUUAUCGGUCUUGUUUGCUGCAUUUGGAGUUAUUCACUCACCACAGGGGGUGAGAUUUUCGAAGGUUGAGACAAUUGGAAGAAAGAAAAAAAAACCCCCCCCCGGUUAU